GUUAGAGAGCGAAUUCUAAUAAAUUAAAAAUAUAUAUUUGAAAAUUUUUUCGUCGAAUCGACGCAGAAAGAAAGUAUAUUCCUUUGUACCGAAGGUGACCAAGCUGUCGGAAAUGUCUUAAACCACCAAAAACCCCUGCUUUUUCUGUCGACAUUAGGGUUUCUUCAAAAUUUUCCUUCAAAGUUCAAACUUGACCCAAAUGAGCAAAUGACUUCCCUGUUUUUCUUUCCUUGAUUUUUCCCACUUCCUUCUUUAAAACCCAUGUAACAACAGACCUCAGAAACCCAAACCCCCUGUAAAAAAAAGAUUUUUUUUAAAGGAGAGAACUUCGACAAGAUUGUGAAUAUGGAGGCAAGAGUUGGAGUGGUGGUUGAAGGAAGCCAAAGGGCGUUGAAUUCAGCCCACGGAGCUGUCGUGGAUGCUGGGGCUAGAAAGUUUUUACAGCAGCAACAGCAACAUGGGCGUUCUCCAAAGCAGGGUCUGAAUCCGCAGAUUGGAACUAUUCAACAGCUUCUUGCUGGUGGUAUUGCUGGUGCUUUUAGCAAGACUUGUACGGCUCCUCUUGCUCGUCUCACCAUCUUAUUUCAGGUGCAAGGGAUGCACUCAGAUGUAUCAGCAUUGACCAAGGCUAGCAUAUGGCGUGAGGCUUCACGAAUUAUUAAUGAAGAAGGGUUCAGAGCAUUUUGGAAAGGCAAUCUCGUUACCAUUGCUCAUCGUCUUCCCUAUUCUUCAGUCAACUUCUAUGCCUAUGAACAUUACAAGAGUUUGUUGCAAUCUAUUCUGGGCGUGGAAAAUCAAAGAAGAAACUCCAGUGCUGACCUCUGUGUUCACUUUGUAGGCGGUGGAUUGGCUGGAAUGACUGCUGCUUCUGCUACAUAUCCACUGGAUCUUGUAAGGACACGUCUCGCAGCACAGAGAAAUUCAAUAUACUACAGAGGUAUUUGGCAUGCUUUUCAUACCAUUUGCAGGGAAGAGGGAUUUUUGGGCUUGUAUAAAGGACUUGGAGCAACAUUAUUGGGUGUUGGACCAAGUAUAGCAAUAAGCUUUUCAGUAUAUGAGUCUUUGAGAUCUUAUUGGAAGUUGCAAAGGCCCAAUGAUUCCACUAUCAUGGUCAGUCUUGCCUGUGGCAGUCUCUCCGGCAUUGCAUCAUCAACAGCAACAUUCCCUAUCGAUCUUGUGAGGAGACGUAUGCAAUUGGAAGGGGCUGCAGGGCGAGCCCGUGUUUAUAAAACUGGGUUGGUUGGGGCUUUCAGGCAUAUAAUCCAGUCUGAAGGCCUUUGCGGCUUGUAUAGAGGGAUUCUGCCUGAGUACUACAAGGUAGUUCCUGGUGUAGGCAUUGUCUUCAUGACCUACGAGACAUUGAAGAUGCUUCUAUCAAGGAUCCCUACCACUUAUUAGCUUCAGUUCUGUUACAGUCUGUUAGUCAUUCAGUUCUCAAGAUGACAGGAAACCAAAAAAAAAAUAGGGUAAAAAAAUUGAAAGCAGUCAGUUAACGGUAGAAGCUUGGUAAGAAAAAAAAAUUUUUUUUGUGGUAUUAGUUGAGAAACCCUGGUGGUAAAUUUUGCAGUUGCUGCUGCUAUGGGUAUUUUUUUUAUGUAUAGGAUAUUAGCACUGUAAGAGUGACGAUAAGUGUAUCCACUAUCUAGUUCCAGCAUACUUAGGCCUUAACAUUCUGAGAAUUAGCAAUUAUUGAUCAUAUCAUCAUCGUCAUUGUGGUCAUCACGGUUUUGUAUGUCGUUUGUUUGUUGCCUGCCUCCGGCCCUCCUUACGGGUGGAGCUGGCUGCCAGUGUUCAUUUCCUUUGUAUUUGAGGUGAUAUUAAAUCACAAACUAUUGAUAUUGACGAAUUGAAGCCUAUGAUUGAUUUUCAUGUAUGGAAAAUGAAAUGUAGUAAAUGAUGUUGGUUGAA